CUCACGUUCCUUUAACAAUGUCAGCUCACGUCCCUUCAACAAUGUCAGCUCACGUCCCUUUAACAAUGUCAGCUCACGUCCCUUUAACAAUGUCAGCUCACGUUCCUUUAACAAUGUCAGCUCACGUUCCUUUAACAAUGUCAGCUCACGUCCUUUUAAAAAUGUCAGCUCACGUCCCUUUAACAAUGUCAGCUCACGUUCCUUUAACAAUGUCAGCUCACGUCCCUUUAACAAUGUCAGCUCACGUUCCUUUAACAAUGUCAGCUCACGUCCCUUUAACAAUGUCAGCUCACGUCCCUUUAACAAUGUCAGCUCACGUCCCUUUAACAAUGUCAGCUCACGUCCCUUUAACAAUGUCAGCUCACGUCCCUUUAACAAUGUCAGCUCACGUUCCUUUAACAAUGUCAGCUCACGUCCCUUUAACAAUGUCAGCUCACGUCCCUUUAACAAUGUCAGCUCACGUCCCUUUAACAAUGUCAGCUCACGUCCCUUUAACAAUGUCAGCUCACGUCCCUUUAACAAUGUCAGCUCACGUCCCUUUAACAAUGUCAGCUCACGUCCCUUUAACAAUGUCAGCUCACGUCCCUUUAACAAUGUCAGCUCACGUCCCUUUAACAAUGUCAGCUCAUGUCCCUUUAACAAUGUCAGCUCACGUCCCUUUAACAAUGUCAGCUCACGUCCCUUUAACAAUGUCAGCUCACGUCCCUUUAACAAUGUCAGCUCACGUCCCUUUAACAAUGUCAGCUCACGUCCCUUUAACAAUGUCAGCUCACGUCCCUUUAACAAUGUCAGCUCACGUUCCUUUAACAAUGUCAGCUCACGUUCCUUUAACAAUGUCAGCUCACGUCCCUUCAACAAUGUCAGCUCACGUCCCUUUAACAAUGUCAGCUCACGUCCCUUUAACAAUGUCAGCUCACGUUCCUUUAACAAUGUCAGCUCACGUUCCUUUAACAAUGUCAGCUCACGUCCUUUUAACAAUGUCAGCUCACGUCCCUUUAACAAUGUCAGCUCACGUUCCUUUAACAAUGUCAGCUCACGUCCCUUUAACAAUGUCAGCUCACGUUCCUUUAACAAUGUCAGCUCACGUCCCUUUAACAAUGUCAGCUCACGUCCCUUCAACAAUGUCAGCUCACGUUCCUUUAACAAUGUCAGCUCACGUCCCUUUAACAAUGUCAGCUCACGUCCCUUUAACAAUGUCAGCUCACGUCCCUUUAACAAUGUCAGCUCACGUCCCUUUAACAAUGUCAGCUCACGUCCCUUUAACAAUGUCAGCUCACGUCCCUUUAACAAUGUCAGCUCACGUUCCGUUCAAUAG